CGACUGCUCGAUCCGGCAGUCGUUUCUCGAACGCUUUUGUUGAUUUUUACCUGAGUUUGUCUUCGAGAAGCCGUCGAGCAAUGCGUGAGAUCGUUCAUAUCCAGGCUGGUCAGUGCGGCAAUCAAAUCGGUGCCAAGUUCUGGGAGGUGAUUUCCGAUGAACACGGCAUCGAUCCUACCGGUGCUUACGUUGGAGAUUCUGAGCUCCAGCUCGAACGUAUCAACGUCUACUAUAAUGAGGCUGCAGGAGGCAAAUACGUGCCCCGCGCCAUCCUCUUGGAUCUUGAGCCCGGUACAAUGGAUUCAGUCAGAUCUGGGCCUUUCGGCCAACUCUUCAGACCGGACAACUUCAUUUUCGGCCAGAGCGGAGCCGGAAACAACUGGGCGAAAGGACAUUACACCGAGGGCGCCGAAUUGGUCGACUCUGUCUUGGAUGUCGUGAGGAAAGAGUCCGAGUCUUGCGAUUGUCUGCAAGGCUUCCAAUUGGCCCACUCACUCGGCGGCGGUACCGGUUCCGGUAUGGGGACCCUCCUAAUCUCCAAAAUUCGUGAAGAAUACCCCGACAGAAUCAUGAACACCUUCUCAGUCAUGCCAUCGCCCAAGGUGUCUGACACCGUUGUCGAGCCCUACAAUGCCACACUGUCAGUCCAUCAACUGGUAGAGAAUACCGAUGAAACAUUCUGCAUCGACAAUGAAGCCCUUUACGAUAUCUGCUUCCGGACCUUGAAACUUACCACACCGACCUACGGUGACUUAAACCACUUAGUAUCGGUCACCAUGUCCGGUGUGACAACCUGCCUCCGUUUCCCUGGACAGCUCAACGCCGAUCUCAGAAAGCUCGCUGUCAACAUGGUCCCCUUCCCUCGACUCCACUUCUUCAUGCCUGGUUUCGCUCCACUCACCGCUCGUGGAUCCCAGCAGUAUCGAGCUCUAUCCGUGCCCGAGCUCACACAGCAGAUGUUCGACGCCAAGAAUAUGAUGGCCGCCUGCGAUCCGAGACACGGCCGCUACCUGACGGUCGCUACCAUUUUCAGAGGACGCAUGAGCAUGAAAGAAGUGGACGAACAAAUGCUGAAUGUGCAAAACAAGAACUCGUCCUAUUUCGUCGAAUGGAUUCCCAACAACGUGAAGACUGCCGUCUGUGACAUCGCCCCUCGUGGCUUGAAGAUGGCCGCCACAUUCAUCGGGAACUCGACCGCCAUCCAAGAACUGUUCAAGAGAAUCUCCGAGCAAUUCACCGCCAUGUUCCGCAGGAAAGCUUUCCUCCACUGGUACACAGGCGAGGGAAUGGAUGAGAUGGAGUUCACGGAGGCGGAAUCCAACAUGAACGACCUCGUCUCCGAAUACCAGCAAUACCAAGAGGCCACCGCCGACGACGAAGCUGAGUUCGACGACGACGAGCUCGAGCAAAAUUGA